AUGUGGGAAGAUGCCACUCACUACUUCAUCCACUCAGGUACCAAUGCCAAAGAUCAUCAACAGGCAGGGCUGCUCACUGUCGUCUCCAAGCGCAUUGUCGACAAGGGCUCACUUAGAUUCGUCUCGGCCAUCGAUGGCCGACUCAUGCGUGUACAGUUCAAGCACGGCCCGCGACAGGUUGAUGUCAUUAAUUUCUAUCAACACACCUGGAGGCCUACGAAACACGUUCAGUCUCUCCGUCACAAGGCAUGGGACUCACUUACACAGCAAAUUCAGGCAGUCCCACUUCGCAGCAGACUCUUGGUUGGGGGAGACUUUAACACUCCGUGCACCGCCUCCACCCCACAUGCUGGCCCGCAUGUGUUGCCCAAACCCGAUCACGGCAUUCAGGAUGCUGACGACCUGCAAGCCAUAGUACAGGGGCUCGAUCUGAUUUUCCUUAACACGUUCUCCCAGGCAGUCCCUGCACACACAUACCAGUGGAACCAGCAGAGGUCACAAAUCGACUUCUGGCUGACCCGUCGGCUACAGGCAGGCGGUAAAGCCAGGUUAGCUGGCCCCAUGCCCGACUUCCAUGUAGGACGCUGGAGAGGCGGCCCUCGCCACACACCAGUGCAGGCAAGCCUCAUGUACCAUUGGCAGCCCUGGGAACAUCGCCAGUUUCAGCACCUCACAAAUCAGACAGAGGUUGAUCGCCUCGACAUCCUGCGCGCGAGCAGCGCUGCGGAUGAUCCGCGGAUCCCUCGCUUCCGUGCGGACAUCCAGACCUUAGUUAGCCAAGGCCCGCUGUCCAUAGAGCAACUUCAGACCAAGGUUUUCGAGCUAGCCUGCAUUCACUUCCCUAAGCGGCCCCCCCAGCGAGCGGAGAAACCUUGGCAGGAUGGCACCCUCACCCAUUAUGCCGAGACCAUGUGGGGACACUUCCGCAGUACUUGGGAGCUGUCAUUUCCUAUCGUAAUUUCCGGUCCCUCACGCUUGAGCACCGUAUUGGUAAGUGUAAGGCGACGCAACAACGGCUUCGCAAGAUUCUGCAAGGCCGCCGGGGGCUCACACUUGGGCAGAGGGUCCUUCUCUGGAGAUCGACUGUUUUACCCAGCGCGCUCUACGGCCUUGGAGCCUGUGGACUCACAACGACACAGACGCAGCGUCUACAUCAGGUGUGCCGUCCCGACCCAGGCUAUGGAUCCACAGGCGCACCAGAUGCCCCCGCCUACGGUUCACACUCCCCGCGAUAGUAAUGUGGAGGAAGCGGGGACUGCUGCAGCCCCAGUCAUCAUGAUCCCCAGACGGACCAACUACCGGCGGUGCCCGGUGAGCCCAGAGAUGUUCGGACCUCUCCUGGGGAAGAGGGCCACUCCUACUGCAGAGCCGGACCAGCAGAGCACCACGGAGCGCCCCAACAAGUCGGGAAAGCAGAACGAAGGGGGGAAAGGCAAGGGGCCCAACAAGAGGCAGCCGGGACGCUACAGAGGUGGUGGCAGAAGCUCCCUACAGGGAGACCAGGAGGCCAUCGACACAUUGAGAUUGAGCACCGGGUGGAUCUGGUGGCUUCGCAUCCCGGAGCCCACCGUGAUCCCCACCUUGAUCGAGGCGGCGGAGCUGUGGCGCGAACAGGCGGUGAAGAAGGACAGCAAGCUCCAAGACACGCCACUCAAGCAGGCCAUGUUUUGGAGUAUGAUGCAGUUCGUCAUCAACACGUUGGAGCAGCUGUCCGAGGCGAACACAACCCUGGCCAAGAACUCAGGCUGGAUCGACAGCAGCGGUCGCUGGGUGUUUCAACGCUGGAAUCCCGAAAUGCGUGCGCUCGAGGUGGACAGCCACCGAAGUGCACUCACUCACGAGGAGCUUCUCAGGAUCAGCAAGGAGAUUCAGUCACUGAUCCAUCCAGAGACACUCUCUCGCUUUCAUGUGCUUCGACAGCUCGAGCCGCAGAUGGAGGGCCAAACAGUGCGAGUCAUGAUGGACAUCGCGCUCAGAUGCCCAGAGGCGACGCAGUUGUUUCACGGCCUCUCGGCGUUGCAGGGGAACUCAUCACUCCAACUAGUCGGGUUGCAGUUCAAGCGCUCGACCAUGCAGCGCCCGCCACUCAUCAAGCAGAUGUGGAUUCUGAAAGGGGAUUUUCUUUGGCAGGUGCCCAGGCAGGCUGCCCUGGAGGUUCAUGCUGUCAGGCUGGAGGGAGCCCAUGUACAACAAAUUGAGGAGGCGGGUUGCAGCCAGGCUAUCUCUCUCGAGUUGCCACCCGGGGAGCAGCUGAGCGCCCAGCACCCACCAAUGCUUUUGAUGCUUCAGUUCUCACGAUACUCUUUUGGACCGACAGGUGCACACAAGAAUCAUGUCAACAUUGAGUGGCCACGAACCCUGAACAUCCCGCUCUUCGUUGACGCAGGUCUAGAUUCUUGCAACAUCACGUACACCGUAGAGGCGGCGAUUCUACACCGAGGUGACAGGAUCACCUCAGGACAUUAUACCACCCUCCUACACACCGCAGGUGAAACUAUGUUCUGCGAUGAUGGAGAUGUGCCUCAGCCCCUUGCAGCCAACACGAGCCUUGUGGUUGGCCCUCACUUUUGUUCCGGGGAGGUUUACAUGCUGAUUUGCAGGCGUGGGGAAGCGCCGACGCAUUAA